GAGGGCACGGCGCGGGGAAAGCGGGGUGGGAAACACUCCCGGAGCCCCGAACCCGGACUGCGGGGCAGCUCCGCGACUUGGGGUUGCGCCCCUCGAAACGCUGAGUCUGAAAUGCGAGUUUUAGCGGAGCUGGCAGGUGUCCUAAUUCCCUUGUCUGGUAUGUGAGAUGGGGUCAGCUUUGACGCUGUGUUUUAGUAAAUAUAAGUCGUUAGAGAGCGGGCUUUUAAAAUUACAGAAUAGUUAGGGUUGGAAGGGAGCCCUGGAGAUCAUCCGGUCCAAUCCCCCUGCCAAGGCAGCGUCCCCCAGAGCUGGUGACACAGCGACGCGUCCAGGUGGAUUUGGAAUGUUUCCAGAGGGAGACUCCACGGCUUUCCGGAGGAGCCAGCAGUUCACCUGGCUCUUGGCAAGACAUCUGAUACUGCACCAGCGAAAUACUCUGUCCUGCAACAAUAUCUACAUUAAAGCUUGGCUGUAAUAAAUUAAGCUUUUACAAAACUGUUAUUCCUGAAAAUGGAUUUUCAAUUUAAUUUUGCUGUUGAUGAAAAUGAGAACAGCGAGGCAGACACUCACUUCUUACUGCUGUGCUCUCCAGAACACAAGCAGGAAUCCAGGGAAAAGAGCAGGGGAACUGCCGAUCUUGCAGCAAAGCCCAGCCCGAAGCUGGCUGCUGCUAAGCACCAGGAUGAGGCAGCUUUGAAGAAGAACCUCUGUGUGAAAGCUGCCAAGGAGCACAGCAUUCCCCAAGAUCUCAACAAAGCAUUGGAAAAUAAAGUCAUGGAAACAGUAUUGGGCCUGUCUCAUGUAAAGCUGUCUGUAGUGGAAAAGACGUGUUCAGGUGAUGCUGACAGCGAAGGCAUUGUGUCCAAAAGUGUUUCUUCUCACUCUGAUCUCAUCCCAGGAGUCUAUGAAGGAGGGCUGAAAAUCUGGGAAUGCACCUUUGAUCUCAUGGACUACUUGUCUGAGGCUGAAAUAGAAUUUACCAACAAGACUGUAUUGGAUCUUGGCUGUGGGGCUGGAUUGUUGGGAAUUGUUGCUUUACAGGGUGAAGCUGCCAGAGUCCAUUUUCAGGACUACAACAGCACAGUGAUUGAUGAAAUAACCUUGCCUAAUGUGGUGGCCAACUGUAUCAGUGAAGGCAGGAGGAUGGGCAGUGGGAAGGACAGAAAAGCCAGCAAACCUCCUUCAAAGAGGCCCAGAAAAGCAGAGGGCUCACCUGAUGUGCUCAACAGAUGCAGAUUUUUUUCUGGAGAAUGGUCUCAAGUCAGCCAGCUCCUGUCAAACAGCAGCAAACCCUGUGUGAAGUACGAUAUAAUUCUCACCUCUGAGACCAUCUAUAAUCCUGACUACUACAGUGCUUUGCAUGAUACACUGGCUCAGCUCCUGGACAGAAAUGGCUGUGUGUAUUUGGCAAGCAAAGUGCAUUAUUUUGGAGUUGGUGGUGGUGUCUAUCUCUUUGAGAAGUUCAUUGAAGACAAAAACGUGUUUAAAACCAGGAUGGUUAAAACAAUUGAUCAGGGUCUGCAGCGAUGCAUUAUGGAAAUUGCCUUUAAAAAUUCCUGUUAAAAUUAAACUAUUGAUCUUCCAAAAAAUAACUGAAAAAUGUUUUAAUCCUCAUGUCUCUCUUUGCUAUUUCCUCUGUUAUUCUGGUUUAACGAAUUAAGGAUGGUGGUUGUGGAAAUGUUUGACAAAUUCUAGUGUUUGACUAGAAGUGAGGGAUUUUUCUGAUGUUGAUUUUGCAUAGAGUUCUGUUUAAAGCAGCAUCUGUUUAUGAUAAUUUAUACACAAAGGUUAAGCAAGUCAUUGUCUCCAGCCAGGCUUUCGCAUUCUCUGUGAGCAGCAGAACUGUACAGCACAGGAAUGACAUACAUGAGGUAUUGUGGCUGAAUGAGGUAAAUUUAGCAUCCAAAAUUAGUGCAAGAGGCUUUUCCCAAUGGUUGGGGUAGCCUGACUGCAGCCAGAUUCAGGCAGGGACCACAGUCCUCUGAGCUCUGCUGCUUUGCCAGCAGAGGGGGAUGUGAUUGUAUUUAUCACUCAUGGGGAACUCAGAAAUCCAUGUAACAUUUCCAUGUGUAAUGCACACAUGAUGUACUCAAGCUCUUUAAAGAGUGUAACAAUAUUAACCACCGUGGUCUUUAAAUUUUCACAUUCAGAUUUUGUCAUAGGCUAAGAAAAUUUUAGCAAGGAAUUAGAAAAAGCCAUGCUGGUUUAGAAGCUGACUUGAAAGAAUAUUCUACACAAGACAAGCUCCUUCUACCAACCAACAAGCCUACAAAUGAAAUACUGGAGGAUGAUGAUAGAACUGAGCUUUAGGAGAUAAUUGGAAAAGGAGAUAAACUGUGCUGUUACAGGAGUUUAAUAGAUUGCUGUACUGUUUUAAACAAGAUUUUUCCAGAAAUUAUUUGCCCCUUUUUCUAAACUUGCUGGGGGUACUACUGAACAUCCACACCUCUUCAAUCUUCUCACAGCAGUUUGGCAGGACAGAAAGCACUCAGAAAAGCACUUCCCUAGGCUGAAGACAGUGAUGUUACUGAAAGAGAUCACUGCAGAACUACACAACCUGGUCUUGAGCACUCACUGCCACUGGCAACUCAAACAAAAAGAGGAAAUCCACUGCAUGUUUUGCCCUGGCCAAAACCAGACAGAGAGCUCUUAGACAGCUGUUGUCAUCAUGCACUGCUUUAUCAGAAAUAUAAACUUGGGAGACAGUGACCACUGCUGUAAACUGAAUGCAAGGAUCUUCAGUGUAGAGCAGAAGGAAAUAGUCUGAGGGGAUGGAAAGAAACUUAGUACAGCAGUGAUGUAAAUCACUUUAAUUACACCAUCAAGUUUCCAUCACUGAAGGUGCUGAAAGUCUAUGCCAAGGUUCCUAUUUUGAAUCUCCUGCUAUUAAGAUAGAGUUGUAAAGGAUUUCCUGCACUUCACAGAAGAGCCUUCACUACUGUUUCAGAUUAUUUUAAAGGGAUCCUGUGGAAACUACUGAAUUUAGCCUCUCAUAGGAUAGGAGAGAGAGGGAAAAAGUCAGUUUUGCCAUGACUGCCAUGGUGCUUUGGAAUUUUUCUGCACCAACUCUGAAACUUAAUGAUGGUAACUGCUGACUACAGAGCAAGAAACAAAGAAAGUUUUAGCUUUGGCAAAUCAAGAAGGUACUGUUUACAGCUCUUUUUAUCUUUCUGUCAAAACAGAGAAGCUGGAAACAAAUGGGAUACCAUUUGUCAUUUUUUCACACUCAAUCCUAAGAUAAAUCAUGGCUUGUACUGUAUAGGUUGUUCUACACCUGCUAGUCUAGUGCAGUUCCAGAGAACCAUACCUCAAGUAAUAAGAAAUGUGACAUCUAUGACAAAGAAUAUGGGUAGGAACGAGAAUCUCAUGUAAUUUUGGAUGAAUAAAUGAAGAAGGUACUUAAAAUCUUCUACUAUAACAUUUCCUCUUGAUAAUAUUCCACUAUCAAACUCACCAUCUUUGGUUUAAUUACUGUGCCUUCACUCAGCAUUUGACUCAAACAUAGCUGGUUUUGUGCAAAUACAGAAUCAGAAUUUUUAGGACUUUGAGGGAAGAAUGGCAGAGCCACAAUGUUAUCGUGACUGCACACCUGCAAAACAAGUAACACCCACACAGCAUAAUUAGCUUCCAAUUUCAGAAUCUGAUUAGAAAAUGGAAGAUGCUUUUCCUCAGGUUAAAUCAGCACAAUUAGCAUUGGGACUUCCGUAUUUGAGAUGAGUUCUGUUCUUAGAAUUCAGCAGGUCCAUGCUAAGAGGAAACAGAAUUCAACACUUAAGCUUUGUAGGUUGUUGAUGUUUCAACUUCAAGUAAUACUAAUUUCCCUCAUCUACAUGAAGGCUUGCUCUACCUGAGAAAUCCUCACCACCCUAGUGACCAGUGUCCUGCUCCUCUUCACAAACUGGAAUACAAGAAAAUAAACUUUUCAUUGCUUUAUAA